UGUUGGGUUUGUAGAUAGAAUCCUAUGGUGCUGCUCUUGGGUGUUUCUUGCUCCUUGCAACAGCACACUUUUCUCUCGAGUGUGGUUACAGGCAGCGUGAAGAACUCCAAGCUUGGGGUCUGGAGGUUUUCCAGAUUGGAGGUGGCUGUGGAGAAUGAUCCCGGGAAGGACUGCUAUGAUAUUUCUCCAGGCCUUCUUCAAGUUCUUAGCAAACGCAUUGGUUGCAAGUCAGCCCAUUUGUCCCGGGAUGCACUGUCAGUAGUGCGCAAGUCUUUCGACGCACGCAAGGAGCCGAGAUUUGUGUACACUGUAGACUUGAAUGUCACCAGAUUGGUGUCCGAGCAGCCUAGAAGCUGGAGUUUCCUGUCAAGGAUGAAGCAGGAUCCCGGUGUCGUGGAGUUUCUCAAACGUGGAGCAGCUGCAAUGGACUUGGUGGAGAUGGCUCAACUUGGUGGGAAAGGUUUUCCAUCUCACCACUGUCCGAGCUCUAAAACAAGAGUUUUGGUCGUUGGAAGUGGACCAGCCGGUCUUUUUGCGGCACUGGCACUGGCUGAAAUGGGAGUGCAAGUGACAUUGGUGGAGAGAGGUUACCCGGUGGAGACCCGAGGCCGGCACAUUGGAAGCCUCAUGGUGAGGCGCAUUUUAAAGGAAGACAGCAAUUUUUGCUACGGAGAGGGAGGCGCAGGUACGUGGAGUGAUGGAAAGCUUACAACAAGGAUUGGAAAAAACAGUGAAGACGUUCAGACGGUGCUCAAAACACUUGUUCGCUUUGGAGCAUCAGAUGGGAUACUCGUUGAAGGAAAACCGCACAUCGGAACUGAUAAGCUUGUCCACAUUCUCCGUGGCCUUCGUAAUCACUUGAAGACACUGGGGGUUGAGCUAAUGUUUGGAACUAGAAUGGAAGAUAUUGUGAUACGAAAUGGUCGGGUGAGUGGUAUACAAGUCACCGACUUGGAGAAAACUACGACGGCAACUCUUAGUUGCGAUGCUCUUGUUCUUGCUGUCGGCCAUUCCGCCCGGAACACGUAUGAGAUGCUAUUAUCUCAUGGCGUGUUGCUGUCUGCCAAAGAUUUUGCUGUUGGUUUGCGUGUUGAACAUCCCCAGGAGCUGGUAAACCAAAUGCGGUAUCGUGCAUGGGCAUCUCAAGUUCAAAGGGGCAAAGGAAAAGUCCCUGUGGCCGACUACAAGGUUGCUGCUUCGAUAAAUUCCGACGAGCUCCGCUCGUGCUACUCUUUUUGCAUGUGUCCCGGUGGCCAGAUCGUUCCAACUAGCACGGACCCGCUGCAUCUUUGUAUUAACGGGAUGUCCUUCUCGAAACGUGCAUCCAAGUGGGCAAAUGCCGCUCUCGUCGUCAACGUAACGUCAAAAGAUGUGGAGCCUUUCAGGGACGGGCAUGGGUCUCUUGCUGGUGUUGCAUUUCAGAGAGCGAUAGAGAGGGAUGCAGCACUCCUAGGAGGUGGAGAUUUUGUUGUGCCUGCUCAGACAUUGAAAGAUUUCCUGGAUGAUAAGAUUGCAGGCAACGAGCUUCCAACGUCCAGCUAUAGACUAGGCGUUCGAGAAGCUCCCCUCCACGAGCUGCUCCCUGGAUAUUUGACAGCGGUUUUAAAGAACGCGACUGAAAAGUUCAACCAACAGCUGCAUGGCUUUAUCGACAGCCGGGCGCUUCUUCAUGGAGUGGAGACAAGGACGAGCUCGCCCGUAAGGAUAGAGCGACAUGCAGAGACUUGCGAGAGCGUCUCUAUACAAGGGCUGUAUCCAGUUGGUGAAGGCGCUGGCUAUGCCGGUGGGAUUGUGAGUGCCGCUGUUGAUGGCAUGAAAGCCGGCCUUUCGCUCGGACGGCUCCUACUGGAGACAACGGUCGGGUAGUGUACCAAGGUUAGUCACGAAAUACCAGAAUUUUCAGCUCUUCUAGCAGGCUUUUGCAAGGUUCCCGCUUCUGCCAUUGCAAGGUUCCCGCUUCUGCCAUGGCUUUUUGUGGAUUUGUGUCUUUUCAUUUUUCUGACUUUUUAGAUCGUCCCAUCUGGCACGGGCCUUUGUAUGGAAAUCUUUCUGGAAACGCGCAUUCAAGCCACGCACGGACACGGUGGUGGUCAGGACAGACUUUUCUUUUCUACAGUUUGAACAAACAGUUGGAUUUAACCAGUCGCGCUGGGAGCGCUUGGAGUGGAGAGGAAGACGAAAUGGAAUGCGAAGAAAACAGAACAUGAAAGUAUGAUACUGGGAAGUCGGGCAUGGCCGACAGCAAUCGAGUGACAUACUGGAUGCUGUCAGAGCGAAGGCAACUUUGUACACAGCUUAAGGUGAUGCAGAGAGGACAUCAUCCAUUUAAAAAUCAAUCGACUCGGCUAGUGUCACUGUUAGUGCU